GUUACCACUCUCCAUUAGGGGGCUCUGACCACUCCAGCCCUGUCCCUUCAAAUGGUCCCCCAUCUGGACCUCUCAUGCCAUCCUCCUCCUCCUCUUCCUCCUCUGGUGGCCCCGGCUCUGCUUCCACACCUUUAGAUGGCCCCACUGGAGAGCAACACACUUUGGGUCCCAACAACCGGCCCGGCCCCCCAGGUAGCUCCGGCCCAGGCCCCAGUCCUGGACCCAGCCUUGGACCCACUGUCUCCACCCUUACAUCCGGCCUUGAAUCUGGAGGCCCCCCAGGCCCCGGCGGCCCUACUCCCUUUAACCAAAACCAGCUUCACCAACUCAGAGCCCAGAUCAUGGCCUAUAAGAUGCUGGCCCGGGGACAGCCCCUGCCAGACCACCUCCAGAUGGCUGUCCAGGGGAAGAGACCGAUGCCUGGGAUGCAGCAGCAGCAGCCCAUGCCCAGCCUGGCUCCUGGAGCAGGAGCGGGGCCUGUAGGUGGACCAGCAGGACCAGUGCCAGGGCCUGGGCCGAUGGGUGCCGGCUACAGUCGAGCUCAUGGGAUGAUGGGUCCCAACAUGCCUCCUCCAGGCCCAUCGUGUACUCCAGCUGGGAUGCAGGGACAAAACCCAAAUGGACCUCCCAAGUCCUGGCCUGAAGGACCGAUGGUAAACGCAGCAGCUCCCUCCAACGCACCCCAAAAGUUGAUUCCCCCGCAGCCCACUGGUCGGCCCUCUCCCGCCCCACCUUCAGUUCCUCCUGCUGCCUCCCCAGUAAUGCCUCCACAGACUCAGUCCCCCGGACAGCCGGUGCAGCCUACUCCCAUGAUGCCUUACCACGCCAAGCAGAACCGCAUUACCCCGAUCCAGAAACCCUGCGGCCUCGACCCGGUGGAGAUACUGCAGGAGAGGGAGUUCAGGUUACAGGCUCGUAUCACUCAUCGUAUCGCUGAACUGGAGAACCUGCCGGGCUCGCUGGCUGGUGAUCUGCGUACCAAAGCUACUAUAGAGCUCAAAGCCCUGCGACUGCUGAACUUCCAGAGACAG